AUGGGGUCACUACUAUUCAACGCAGCGCUGCUGGGUGGCGGCUUUGUGCUUGGCCGCGUGCCGUUUCUGCCGCUCGCAGCGCAGAUUUUAGACGAGCUUCAUACGCUCCCCAUGUCACGUAAGAUGAUCGUGACGACUCUCGUGACGUUAUUAGUAGCACUCUACGUGGUUGGCGUACUGCUGCCAUUGCACUGGGUGGCAACAAAAGAGGCGGAGAAAGCUGCUAAGCGACUUAAAGUACCGGAGUCGACAUCGUUUCGACGAGAAUUGCGGCGUCGUGGUAGUUACAGUGUGGGAUACGUAACCGAUAUAAAGUCCCAUCUGUUUGAAGACUACUGGGGGAACUUUGCAUUGUAUGUGCAGGAUUUAUAG